AUGAUGCCCGGCAAGGUUGGCUACAGCGGCCAUCAUGGCUUGCUCCCUACCCUCCUUGUCUGUCUCGCACUCAUCUCCGCAAUCACCACAGCCACUCCCCUGCCAAGCUCUAGCCAACAGACUCCGGGCGUCGUCGGCCACCGCCACACGUCCUCUCGUCGCCUCUUUGCCCGCAACCUGGGCAGCGCGUUUAAGGAUCGCUACCUCAUGUGGGCGACGAGGAACUAUCUGUGCACCAAGGAGGGACGAGUGAUUCCCGUCGACCCCGAAUCGGGCAAGAUCCGGGUAGGAGGCCUGAGGAAGCGAGGAUUCGCGGACACGCUGUUCCACACUGAGCCCGGCCAGCAUGACCAUGGGUCGUGCAAGAAUCCCACGUGGAUUUGGCUGAAAGGGUGGAGCGGCCCGAUUCCCAUGACGCAGGCCGUCGCGCAGUACCCCCAACUCUUCGGCGUCCAGGAUCCAGCCGGUGAUGCCGCCGUCGCUGCCGCCGCCAGCGGCAAUGCCGCGCAGCAGGGCGCGGGAGGAGCUCCUGCAUCGUCUUCGCAGGCGGUCAGCUUCCACCAGGCCGACCCGAAUAUGUUCGCCCCGGGCGCUGGUCAGAUCAGCGGAUCCGCCUCGUACGCACCUGGGCAGGCGCCGUACCAGGCCAUCAACGGCUAUGCAUCGUCAUGA